GUCUACAGUGUUUCUCUUCUUCAUCGACGUCAGUCUGAGAGAUUGUUCUUUACAAUAUGGAAGGAGAAAAACAGAGUGCACUCAACAUCUUAGUUAUUUGGAGGGGCAAGAAGCUGAAUGUGGAGAUAGGUUCAGGUGGUACUCUCAAGGAGUUCGGGUACAAACUACAGAAGCUGACUAAUGUCAAAGCUGAUACUAUGAGACUUCUUGCUCCACAAUCCAUGACUGGAGGCUCGAAGCUGUUCACUCCUUUCUCUGAUGAACACUCAAGUUUAAGCCUGCGAGAGGCUUCCAUUCUUGAGGGAAAACCUAUUAGAAUGAUGGGAGUGUUUGAGGAAGAGAUUGAAGAGGUUAAACAAAAUGCAACAGCUGACCUGAGGAUAGCUGGUUUUGAUGAAGAGGAAAAGAGAUUAAGGCAGCGGAUAUUGGAUAGGCCGCAGGCUUCCCUCAAACUUCCACAGGGAACCUACAUCUUUUGUGAUUUCCGCACACUUCAAAUUCCAGGAAUAAAGUUGAACCCUCCAGCUUCUGAGGCUUUGAGAAGGAUGCACAAGCUUGCUGCUGAUCCAGGAAUCAUCGCUGUCAUGAAUAAGCAUUGCUGGCGGGUAGGAAUUAUGACAGAGAUGGCACCUGUGGGAUAUGUUGGUAUCAGUCCCAAAUGCAUUCUUGGUUACAACAAGAAUCAUGGAGAGGAGAUAUCUCUUCGCCUUCGAACUGAUGAUCUCAAGGGUUUCAGGAAAUAUGAGAGUAUCAAGAAAACUCUGUUGCAUGAACUUGCUCACAUGGAAUUCUCCGAACAUGAUGCCAACUUUUAUGCACUAGACAAGCAGCUCAAUGAAGAGGCUGCUAGUUUAGACUGGACAAGAUCAAGAAGCCGCACCUUGAGUGGUGAAAGGCCUUCAGAACACCAUGAAGAGGAAUUCUAUGUUGUUAGCAGUGGUAACAAUUCUCAAAGGCUUGGGGGCAAAAUGCCAGAUCAGCUGGCCAAUGCACGUGCAUCUUCGGUUGCUGCUGCUUACAGCCGUUUUGCAAUUGCAUCCACUAGUAGUUCAGAAGGAUUUGGAGAAAAUCUAGAAUGUCAUUCCGAUGAUUCUGGGUUGAUAGUGCAUGGACCUGAUCCUGAUGAUUUGGCAAUGGAAAGUAUGCAAGUUGACAAUCCAAACGAAGCAGACCCUAAUUUUGAGCCUGAUCCUGAUAAUUAUCAGGGUGGUAAAGUCAUCAAGUCUGAAUCCUUUCUAAGAACAAACACAAACAGGAUCACUUUUGAGCCUGAUCCUGAUGAUCGUGAAGUGGUACAGUAUGUGCCUAACUUAGGAACCAAUGGAAAGUUUGUGGGCUCCAACAGCUAUGAAGAACCUGAUCCUGAUGAUUCUGAGGUAAAUGGGAUUGCUUCAAAAUGUGGAGUCACAGUUCAGCUGGGUAUGGAUGAUGCUGAGGGAAAUGGAAUUUUGGACAAUGACAUUCAGCAUAAGAAUCCCUUUGAGGAACCUGAUCUAGAUGAUUCUGAAGUUAAACAGAGCAUCUUGGAAUAUGAAAAUAGUGAUGAACCUGAUCCAGAUGAUUAUAUAACUAUAAAAAAUGUAGAGAAUGAGGUCCAACUGAGGAAAACUGCUGAGGAACCUGAUCCUGAUGCUUCAGGAGCCUGUUUGGAACAUAGAAGCAGAAGUGAACCCAAUCCCGAUGAUUCUAAAGGCAAUGGAAUUAUGCAGUUUGAGCCUGAUCCUGAUGACAAUGUGGAGAAUUCCAUGGGAAGUUCUAGAAUGCAAGUUGAUGAACCCAAUACUGAUGAUCAAGAGCUGCAGAGAAUCCAAGACCCUGUUUCUGUUGUUUGUGCCCGUCUUCAGAAAGCCAUAGAGAUGCUGGGAUCUGAAGUUAAUCCCACACAGGCUACUUCUGUCCUCCAGACUCUGUUCAAGAUCAUUAGGAAUGUGAUUGAACACCCAGAUGAGAUGAAAUUUAGGAGGCUACGGAAGGCCAAUCCCCUAUUUCAACGAAAUGUUGCAAAUUAUAAAGCUGCUAUGGAGGUACUUUUCCUGGUGGGUUUCAUCGAGGAUGUUGUAUCAGAUGAAGUCGGUAGGGCAGAGACUUUUGUAGUGUUGAAGAGGAAUGAUCCUGGCUUACUGUGGCUUGCCAAGUCAUCUUUAGAGAUGUGUAUUGCCAGCUAGUGCUGGAAUUAGGAAAAUUGGGAGCUUAGGCUAAAGAUAGAUGCUUUCUCAUUAUCAUACUCUCUUCUAUGUGUGUCUUGGAUUGAAAAUUUAAAUAUAAAUGUAAUAGUGAAAAAGAGUGUAAGGGAAAAGACUGUCAAUGGGUUGUAAGAACAGGAAGCGAUUUAUUGAGGAUUGUAAAAAGUGGUCUUUAACUGUAAAUGAAAAUUACUAGUAAAUAAAUGGGAUUCUUCCGUUGUUGGGAGUUA